AUGACCGGGGCUCCUGCGCUGCUCCUGCUGCUCGCCCUGGGGCUCUGCUGUCCUGAGAUCCUUGGUCAGUGGUAUGAGCUGAAGGUUCACAGCAUCACGCAGCCCCGGAUGGGACAGCGACUGAACCUGCAGUGUCAGAGCAGCAACAAGGACAGUGGCGUAUUCUGGAUCCACCAGGACAAGGCUGGGACCCUUCGCUUCAUCGUCUUCAUCUCUUCCCUUUCCCGGACCACCUUUGUGGGGAACAUGAGGACAUCCAUACGCUUUGUGGCAGGGAAAGACAGCAUGUUCUACUGGUUGGUAGUGAAGUCCUUCAUGCCACAGGACGAGGGGAACUAUUACUGCCUCAUCAACAGCAACCAAGUGCUGUACUUCAGCCCUGGCCGGUCUGUCUUCCUUCCAGUCACCACCACAGUGGCACCCACCACCCCAGCACCCACUGUCCAGAAUGGCACCACCAAAAGGGACCCCUGCCUGAAAAGCCCGGAUCCAGAGACCAGCAAGAAGAAAGAGCUGGAUUUCUUAUGUGACAUCUUCAUCUGGGUUCCCUUGACAGUCGCCUGCUUCCUGCUCCUCGUCGCCCUGACAGUCACCAUCAUGCUGUGCCAACAAACCAGGAGACGAAGAUGCCGAUGUAAAAGACCUGUGAAUGAGAAGCCCAAUGUGAAACGUGGCACACCAGGACCACAUGUGUAA